GUUAAUUCCACACGAUUCACAAAUAUUAACCAUUGUGUUUAACAGAUGAUAGGCUUUCCACUUUCCGAAGACGAACUGGACGAGAAGAGGAUCGCUUCCCUUCUUUGGCACUCUUACCUGAUCCUUAACAUCUCUGAGAGUCUGAUUCCAGCUGUCAUUGAGAAGUAUAUAUCAGGGGUAGACAACCCCAUCAGAAGGAAAGACCUUUUCCAGGACUUAAUGGGCGAUGUGAUGUUUGGUGCCCCGUCUGUGAUUGUGUCCCGUCAUCACAGAGAUGCUGGAGCCCCUACCUACAUGUAUGAGUUUCAAUAUCGGUCAAGCUUUGUAUCAGAAAAGAGACCCAAGACAGUGAAAGGAGACCAUGGUGAUGAUCUCUUCUCUGUAUUAGGCGCCCCGUUUUAAAAAAGUAAAGUCUGUUUGCUG